AUGUUUCAUACAAAUUAUGGGAUUAUUGCAUUACAAUUCCUGGCAAAUUUAUUCUUUAUUUUGACUGUUUUAGCUAAUCCAGGGAUCCUUCCUAGACUUGCUUUCCGUGCUAGGACUUAGAUGAAUGUGGAAUCAUCUAGAGCAAAAGGCCAUUACACUUAAAUAAUAGGUAAUGGUGGGAGAUAUAUAGCUAGAGUGAAAUACUGCCAUACUUGUUAUAUAUACCGACCAGAGAGAGCAUUCCAUUGCAAUUUUUGCGGUAACUGUGUUCAUAGGUUUGAUCAUCAUUGCAGAUGGCUUGGAACUUGCAUUGGUGGUCGAAACUAUAAAUAAUUUUUCUUAUUUCUAAUGAGCUUAUCUUUUCUUCAAUGGUCUUGUAUCGCCUACAGCUUAGCCCACAUAGGAUUGCUUAUCAAAUCUAAUUUAGAAACUGAAACAAUUAAUGAAAGUAUUAGAGAUGUCUUUGCAAGAUAUCCAUCUACAGUUGUGGUUGUUUUCUUAUGCUUGAUUGUUGGAGGAUUCGUUACAAACCUUUUCUUAUAUCACAUUAAGAUAAUCUGCAAAAGCCAAAGUACAUAUGAAAAUAAAAAAGGCCACUUUAAAGGAGCACUUUUUAACCCAUACAAAUAAUCAUUUUGUGAAGAAUUAACUGAGAUUUUGUUUGGAAAAAGACCUCCAAAGUAUUAUAACAUGUCUGGAUUAGAAUAAUCAAAGUUAAUUGACUCAAAUAGAAAACUCUCAGUUGCAGUGCUCAAGAAAGGAAGGACCAUAUAAAAGUCAAAUUACGUUUAAAUAUAAAGAAAUUCUAAUAAAACUAAGCCAUAAGAUUAUGUAACAAACAUUAAUUACAUUCAUACAGAGAGUAUGUCAGGGAGUGUUGCUGAUAAUUUUAACACUAGAGCUGAUUCAUCAAUGAAUAGGAAUUCAUCUACUUAGAUUUAUAAUAUAGAUGAAAAUGUGAAUGAUUCUUUCGAUAAUGGGAAUGAAAGGACUAACUUGUUUAGAAUUGAUGAGGAACAAUAUGAGGAAUCAUAAAUAAGAAGUACAGUUAGCAAAAGUAGUGUUAAUAGAAGAUAGUAACAUAGAAUACAAUAGGUAAAUGAAAGUAGUGGUAAUUCUGCAAGUAAAAAGAAAAAUAAAUAUAGUGGAGCUGGCAUCAGUUAUUCUAAUUCAAAAAUGUAGUAAAAUAAUGAAGAGGCUGAGAAACUGAAAUAGCUAGAGGAUAGUCUAGACUAGUUCAGGAGUUCUGAUAGCUAUCAUUUUAAACAUAAAACAGAAAGUCCUGCUUAAUCUUAAAGAUAUUAAAUUUCUGAUAGAAUGAGUAUUAACAGCAGUGGCAAACCUAAUAGUAGCAAAUGA